GUUAUAUAUUCCCGUAUACUAAUCAGUAUACCAGAACCAGAUCUGCAGAUCAUGUACCACGUGUUAGCAGUGUCAGUGUUAUUACGUUUGUUCCUAUUGUCACAAGAGGCCAGUGGCUGGCUCAGCGAUAGAAUUGAACUAUCAACACCACUCAACUCAUGGACACGCUUAAAAGAAGGUGUGGCUUUAAAGGAGGCGGGGCUAUCUUCCUAUCAAAGUGAUCUAUUUCAUGAGACCCCUCUAGUGCUGUUUUUAUUUCAAUAUUUGCUACCCCUGGGUGACAUCAUUAACGGAUUAUUUUUUAUCGUCGCAGAUAUAUUAAUAGCAUAUUGCUUGGCUCAACUGACAAGAUUACAUCAUCAGAAUGAGCUCAAAAAUCAAGAGCAAAGAACAAAAUCAGGAGGUAUAGGAAAAGGGGUGGAGCCUAUUUUAAUAACUCGUAACGAGUCAUUACCUUCAAUUGUGGCGUCAGUAUAUUUAAUUAAUCCAUUCUCAAUACUCUCUUGUUCUGCCCAUUCCACUGUAUGUUUUAAUAAUCUCAGCAUUGUCUUUGGGUUAUGGACGUCAUUAAAAGGGAACUGGUUCCUGUGUGGUAUGGGAAUGAGUCUAGCUGUACAGUUCUCUUUAUAUCCAGUGAUGCUGUUACUACCAUUGUCCCUCACUGCUUAUUACUCUGGUAGAACAAGUGGUGUAUUAAAGUUCUUACUGUACACUGUGUUAUGGAUGAUUGGCAUAUUGUGUGUAUCUUUAUUGAUAACUGGCGGAUCAUGGGAUUUUAUAAAUGGAGUUUAUGGAGUCAUUUUACUUGUUCCUGAUUUCACUCCUAAUGUUGGCUUAUUCUGGUAUUUCUUUAUGGAGAUGUUUGAUCAUUUUCAAGUUUUCUUUCUCUGUGUCUUUCAAAUCAAUGCCUUUAUUCAUGCCAUUCCACUCACCAUCAGAUUCAAUCAAGACCCAAUGUUCCUAGUGUAUACUUUACUGUCUCUGAUCUCAUUAUUUAAAUCAUACCCAACUGUUGCUGAUUUCAUUAUACCAGUAUCAUUGCUACCACUGUGGACUCAUGUAUUCAGAUAUAUGAGGUUCACUCCAGUUACAAUAGGUUGUGUACUAGUCAGUUCAAUAGCUGGACCCAUCACCUGGUAUCUAUGGAUACACACUGGGAGUGCUAAUGCUAACUUCUUCUUUGCUUUAACAUUAACUUAUUGUAUUAGUCAGAUAUUCUUAUUGCUUGAUGUGUGUCACUCAUACCUCACUCAUCAGUAUGAUAUGACCAAUGGACUACCUAGGACUAGUAAUAAACUAGGAACUGGUCAUGUCCUGUUGAAAUUACAAUAAACAGUGAUUAAUUUUGGUCAA